CACAUGGAAACAUGGGUUCCCACCAGUGAGCCUUGCAAGAUCUGCACGUGUCUUGAUAACAAGAAAGUAAACUGCACCAUCCGACCUUGCCCGACUGCCAAACCUGUUCAGUGUGGUCCCUGUGAAAUCCCUCGUCUGCGCAGGGACCCCGACCAGUGCUGCCCCAAGUACGAGUGUGUCUGUGACCUGGUUUCCUGUGAUUUUCCUCCUGCCCCUGCCUGUGAGUUUGGCUUUCAGCUUGCUCUGACCAACCCUGGAGAAUGCAGACCAAAUUACACAUGUGCCUGUAACAGAGAAGCAUGCAGCUUGGUUCAAAGACCUUCCUGCCCACCACAUCGAGAGCUGACUGUUAAGAAGACCGAGUGCUGUGAUAAAUAUGAGUGUACCUGCAGCUGUACAAACUCAACAGUGAACUGCCCUCUGGGAUAUCUGUCCAGAACUCUCACCAAUGACUGUGGCUGCAUAUCCACCACCUGCAUUCCAGGCAGGGUGUGUGUGCACAACAACAUAGUCUACCCCGUUGGGUCAACCUGGGAAGAUGGUUGCAGGGAAUGCUCUUGCACUAGUAUGAGGGAUGAUGUUACAGGACUUCAGAUGAUGGAGUGUCAUGACAAAGCAUGUAACACAUUCUGCUCUCGGGGUUACAAGUAUAUCAUCCAAGAAGGGGAGUGUUGUGGGAGAUGCCAGAAGACUGCCUGUGAGGAGCAGCUAGUCUGGUCUCGGGGCGAUGCAGAUCCUCGUUUGCACGAGGUUGGCACAGAGUGGCGAUCACCCUUCAACCGCUGCAUUAUCAAUGAGUGUGUCCGGGUGAACAAUGAGGUUUUUGUGCAGCAGAAGAAUUUUUCUUGCUCUCAAAUGGAUGUACCUGACUGUCCAGAGGGAACUGAACUCCGCUGUGACCAAAUGAUAGACUGCUGUCCUUCCUGCAGAUGUGUACCCCUGAAUGGUUGUCCUUUGAAUGGCACUGUUAUUGGGCCGUGGAGACACCUGAUGGUGGAUCAAUGCACAACAUGUCUCUGCUCCCUCCAGUCGACAUCUUCUCGGAGAUAUACUCUGACCUGUACAAAAUUAAGCUGUGAACCGUGCCCAACAAAUUACAGAAGGCAGGAAAUCCCUGGGUCUUGCUGUGGAAAAUGUGUGCCAACUUCAUGCGGCAUCAGGCUGAGAGAUGGAAGGCUUAAAUACCUUCAGCCAAAUGAAUCCCUUCAGGAUGGCUGUGAUAGUCACUCCUGUAAAGUAAAUGAGAAAGGGGAAUUUAUCUGGGAAAGGAGAAUCACUGGCUGUCCUCCAUUUGAUUCCAGAAGAUGUUUGACUGAAGGAGGCAGAAUUGCAAAAAUUGGCAAUACCUGCUGUGACACAUGUGUGGAAGUGGAAUGUCGACCAGUAAGUACCAGACUGCAGUAUAAGAAUAUCAAUGGAUGUGUGGCUGAAAAAGAAGUGCCUAUUUCUCACUGUGAGGGCAAGUGCAGAAGCAAUACCAGAUACUCUGUUCAGACAGGGAAAUGGGAAGACCUCUGCAGCUGCUGUAAAGCCACUCAAACAACCACCGUCACGAUCCCCCUGCGGUGUGCCAAUGGGACGGUGGUGCAGCAUUACAUCCCUUCUGCCUCUCAGUGUGAAUGUUAUUCUCGGAAGUGUACGGACUGAAUAUUUCCAAAGAACCCCAGCUGUGUAAUCUCAAUUUCUAUGAUGAAGGAACUCCACAGUGCAAGCCUCAUUUUCUCUCUGUAGAUGAUUUUAUCCAGUAGAAUCCUGACUAACUAAUUGCACCAGUAUAACAAACAAUAAAAUUUACUAGCA